AAUCACGAUGUAAGCGGUUACGGGCUAGCGGCCAGGGUUUGGGCCCGGUGCUCUAAUCUCAUUCAACCGUCCCCGCUAGAAGGCAAGGACGCGUCCAUGAUAAAGUAUAUGAUCCCCGUACCACAAGUCCGGAGCCUCUACUGCCCAGUGGAAAAAGUGUGCUCGACCUUUUGGCAGCGUUUCAUCUACAUGAUACAGAAAAGUAGUCCACGCAAGCGGAAGUACAGCCAUCAGUUUGAGGUGGACAUCAACCUGGCUUUAGUGCAUCGACCAAAACCCCUCUAUCAAGCAAAUCCGAGUGAUUUUGAAAACGAUUUGAAGUUUAUGUUCGUUCUGGAUCCAUACAAGCGGAUCGCCUCGGCUUUCGUCGACAAACUUUUGGCGCCAAAUCCGCUGUUCUGGAAACUUCAGGAGAUCAGCCAUUGAAAGGUUUCGCGGUGUCGAUAUAAACAGGAAAUGCUCUCAUGACGUCACGUUUUCCGAGUUCGUUCAAUUUGUCGUCUGGUCGGAAAAAGCCGAAGAGAAUUGGACGCUCAUUUUCAGGUUGCGACCGAGAUCUGCGUACCUUGUAAGGUGAAAUAUGACUUUAUCGGCAAGAUGGAACGAUUCCACGAAGACGCCUAUGGCGUCAUCGACUGGCUGCAUCAGAACGUCACGCACUCACCGGCAAUAUGACGUCACUCGCCGGCGACAUCGCCGUCAUGGACAGCGUCCACAGCCCGUACCGGUGGAAGAUUCAGCUCCAGAGCGUACCCUAUUACCCAGUAUCAUAGAUUUGGGAAAGAUUCCAACAGAUGGAGCCACAAGCUUGACAUUUACAUUAGAUGAAAGAGGUGCUCAAAAGACGUCAUGUCGUGUAUCCCAACUUGCAUCAGCAGAUGAAGCCGAACCAUAUUCGUCAGGGACUAUGACCAAAACCAAAUCAAUGAAAAUGGCCACCGUAAACAAGAGUAAAAGAGCUAGGGCAAGUUUCAACAAAUUGGCAGAGGACAACCUAAUAGUAGAAAAGAAGAACAUCCAUCUACAACAAGUCAAUGUACGAUUGAAGAAGCAAUUGAUACUGGCACAACUGAAAGUUGCUAGAUUAAAGCCCCAAAAAAUUGAAGAAGAAAUUAAAAUGUUAAAACCUUCAAGUAAUGAAUGUUAAAUCUACAGUCUCAAAUGAUGCCAUUCUUAUUGUUAUUAUUGAUAUUUUUACACAAAGUUUUGAAGUUAUUUUAUUAGUAGAUGGAUGUUCUUCUUUUCAUUAUUUAACCCAUUUAUGCCUAGCGUCUAGAAAAAAGGCCUUGGCAAACAGCGUAGACCCAGAUGAGACGCCGCAUCAUGUAGCGUCUCAUCUGGGCCUACGCUGUUUUCUGUAAGAAAUAUUAUAAAUAUAGAAAUAAAUAUACUAGACAUCCCUUAUUUUGGAAAUACAUUGAUCCAAUUUAGAAGGAUGGGAGAGUCCACUAGGCAUUUAUGGGUUAAUUUAAUUUGAAAAAUCUCUGAACUAAGUAUUGCCUUACUAUGUUGCCAACAUGGUUUAUAUUAAUGGCAACAUUUUCAUCAUGAUCAUCUUCAUUUUCAACAUCAGCAACAAAGUCCUCUUCAAGGAUAUCACCUUGUUCAAUUCCGAAAUUGUGCAGUACAAUACAAGCGGUUAUAUAAGUAACUGUUGUUGCUAAGUCAUGUCGUAGUUCAUAGUGCAGAAUUGAAAAUCUUCUUUUGAUUAUGCCAAAAGUUUGCUCAACGAGCACUCGUGUUCUGCACAGUGCUAUGUUGUAUGGCUCUUCACUUGGGGAUUCAGGAGUCCAGAAAGGGGUCAUAAUGUUUGGGGUGCAUGGAUAACCUGAGUCACCCAAAAUGAAGCCAUUAUGAGCACCUGUUUAGAAACAAAACAUUAUUUUCAUACAAUGAGUCAAUUGAUACACUUAGCGAUUCUGAGGUCAAAGAUCCAUGUCACUAGUGCUUAUCACAGUAAAUAUUGUUUCUGCAAGGUAUAUUGAGAAUAUAUUAAGGUAUGAAAAUGAGGAUAGGAGUUACUCUUUAAAAACUGGAAUAUGACUAUUAAUUUCAAGGUCAAAAGGUCAAAGUUCAAUUCCAAAAGGUUCUUAAAAUAGAAUAUCAGUUUUUCACUAAAUUUGAAUAACAAUUUGGCCUGCACAAAUGCAUACUGGUAUUGGUUACAUUGAUUUUGAUAGCGCCAGGUCAAUGUCGAAUGAGCUUGAAACAAGAAAUUGAUUUUUCUGCAACUAGCUGGUGGUGGGGGGUGGGUGUGGAGAGGGGAAUACAUGUUUAACAAACGCCUCUUGUCUUAAUGCAUAAUGCAGGACUUAUUUUUAUAUUUUAAUUAUUAAUGAAACUCAUCUACGUAAUUCAAUUUUGUAUAUUUUUUUUUAAUUAUUGAUAUGAUACUAGUUGUACAUACUUGUUUGGUCAUACGUAGACAUGUUGUGUAUUUGAUAGUUACCUUGUUCAAGCUGGUUACGUAGAUGACAUUCCCUCCAUAUCCUAGAGUCAUGCAUGCUACCUGGCCAUUUAGCUGUUAAACUCCGCACUCUUUUGUUGUGGUCACAUGCCAUCUGAUAUUUAAAAAAAUAAAAAGUAUUUAUUAUUAGUUUUUUAAUUUACUGCUAUAAUAGUGGACUGUUGACAAUAAUAUGUUUAAGCAAUACAUAAUUUGCUAAUGUAUAUAUAACUUAUGUGUAUAAAUGUGUAGCCUUUAUGAAAGCAAUCUAACUGAUUUUUGUCUAUAAUGUAUUUCUUUAUGUUUCUGCAUAUGUGCAUGCCAAAGAAUUCUCACUAUAUAGAACAGUCGGUAGUGUACUUGUUAAAAAACUAUGUUUGUAAACUGCAAUAUCUGUUGUAAAAUAUCUUACUUUACUUGGUAACAACUUUAUUCAAAUAAAUUGUGUAAAUAUAUGUAAACAGAUUAUUGUUGUUAAAGGUAUAUAACCUUUUAGACUAAGUAUAUAAUGUAAUGUCAAGUAAUGUAGGUAAUCUUUGUGCUGCCUUUUAUUUUGUUCUAGAAUGUUAUGGCUAAUCAGUUUCUUUAUGAUCAGAUCAUAGGGGAUAAAUUAUUUCUUACCAUCAUUUUCUUGGUUUCAGUAAAGGAGGAUAACUUAGAAGUGCUUAUUUACAAAGGAUACAAUAUGAGCUUCAGAGUUAGCUCCCCUUUCAAUACUAAUAAUAGGAGAUAAAUGAUUUCUUACCAUCAUUUGUUUUGGUUUCAGUGUGCACUUGCACUUUUUUCCAAUUCUGUGUUUUAUUCUUGACAUUUUAUUGCAGUAUUUAACUAUUAGGUUAGCAAAAACAAUCUAUGUUUUAUGUGUAAAUAUUUUGGUUGAUAUAUAAUUGUGUUAUUAGUAAGUUUUAUGUGUUGAUAUACCUUGUAAUAUAAAGGAGGAUAACUUGGAAGUGCUUAUUUACAAAGGAUACAAUAUGAGCUUCAGAGUUAGCUCCCCUUUCAAUAAUUUCUAAACAAUUAAUUUGUCUGUGAUGUAAGGAUUAACUGAUCUAUUGUAAGAGUGUCAGCAAUGAUUGUGUUUUAUGCUUAAAUGUAUUGGUCUAUUUGUGUUUGUAUGCAAUUAUUAUGAUGAGACUAUAAUAAUUAUACUAUAAUUGAAAUUACCUUAAAGUGUGAAAUAGUAGUUUAUUGUUAUAACAAUAUUGAUUGAAUAAUACUGCUCAUGUUAAUUUUGAGUGAAGUGUUAUUGAAAUACAAAUGGGAUAUUUAGUAUUAAUUGUUGUUAAACAACAGUUAAAAAAAUACAUAUAUGAAUACAGAAAAAGUUUGGAAAAAUGUAAUGUUAAUAACAAACAAGAAAACAUACUUGCACGUUCAAAGAAUGGUAGCCUUUCCUAUUUACAAAAUCGGCUUCGUGGUUCAUUGGCCUUUUAAUCCAGACAUGUGUGUCAUCAAUCGGUCCGAUUACAUUUGGAAAUCCUGAAUAAACAAUUUUGUUAGAUACGUGAUAUUUACAAUACAAUCAGUGAACAUUUAUUACUGUUAACAUUGUAAUGUAUGUGAAAAUUUAUAUUUCUUUACUUGUGAAUUAAAUAUUAAUAUUUGCUGUUAAAAUAAAUAGCUGUGGAAAUAUUAGGCAAGUUAUAAUGUAUGUACAGUUAUUGCAUUUCAUGUAAGCAAUUGCGAUUACACUACAUAUUUGACAGAUUUUCUGGAUAUGUUUUAUUAAUAAUAAAUUUCAGAAUAUCAA